UUAUUUUAAUAAGUACGGCCCACAACGGAAAACCCUAAGAAAACUUUAGGUUUAGGUUUAAAUAGUCUCUUCAGCAAGGUGUAAGACGCCUUCAGCUGCUGUUGCUCUCCUCCUCUUUGCUUCUACAUUCCAAGCUAAAGCGGCGAAAAUGGUGUUCAAGAGGUACGUAGAGAUUGGGAGAGUUGCUCUUGUGAACUACGGGAAAGAUCAUGGAAAGCUCGUCGUCAUCGUCGACGUCGUUGACCAGAACAGAGCUUUGGUAGAUGCUCCUGAUAUGGAGAGAAUCCAGAUGAACUUCAAGAGGCUGUCUCUUACCGAUAUCGUGAUUGAGAUCAACAGAGUGCCUAAGAAGAAGGCUUUGAUCGAGGCCAUGGAAAAGGCUGACGUGAAGAACAAGUGGGAGAAGAGCUCAUGGGGUAGGAAGCUUAUUGUUCAGAAGCGUAGGGCUAGCCUCAAUGACUUUGACAGGUUCAAGAUCAUGUUGGCCAAAAUCAAGAAAGCUGGCGUUGUCAGGCAAGAGCUUGCAAAACUCAAGAAGGAGAUCACUGCUUGAUCAGAUUGAGUACUAUCUGCUUAUCUGUUUUUUUUUGUAUUUUUGAUUGGCAAUUAGUGUUUUUACGAAUCUCAACAUCAAUAUCUAUCUACACUGUUGUCGGAUUUUGAAACCUUGUUUCUUAAAAUUUAGUUUGUUAUUUCAUCUUUACCUUUCUUUUA